CCUUUUUUUUUGUUCAACAAAGCGCCAGCCCUAAUCCGGAGAAAAAAAAAACAACCCCUUCUUCCUCUUCGAUGCGUUCUUCCUCUUCGAUGCGGCGGCGAUGAGGGACUUUCGAGUUUCUUACUUCGAUCUGAAAUGGUUCUAUUAAUGGAAUCAAAUUGAUUGUCCCCUCCACGAUCCAUUCUCAAUGGUUUGCGAAAGGCGGUUUCAAAGCAGUAUAAAUAGAUAGUUUUCUUCUCAGAUUUGAAGGCCGGCGGCAAGUGUUCAUCCGUCGUCGAGGCGAGACUCUUGCGAUACUGGGAAUCCCGGAAUGUGAAACGCGGCGGCGAGUUGAUGUGGGUUGACAUGCUCUUGAUCGACGUUAAUUCGACCAUAAUGCAUGCCACCAUCUAUGAUAACCGCCUUCCGAGAUUCCGGUCUAAGCUCGCAGCCGGAAAGAUGUUUUCUAUAUCUGGUUUCGAUGUUGCCCGGUGUGCUCAGAAUUACCGUCUCACCGACUCUCCUUUGCUGCUCCGGUUUAGUGAUUUAACCGAUUUUGAUGAGUUAACAGAGCCGGUUUCGCCUUUGCCACAAGAAGGCUUCCGGUUCUGCAAUCAUUCUGAGUUAGCCGGAUUGGCUAACACAAACACACAGCUCCCGGACAUUAUAGGUGAGAUCACAGCUGUUAAGAGUACCGUUAACGACACUCUUGGAGAGAAGGACCGUAUCAUGGCAACUAUCAAGCUUGAUAAGUAUUUUUUAAUCUUUUGCUUUUUCAAAAUUUCCUUUAUAUAAUUACACCGUUUAGAAUUCAAAUUAAUAUAUUGUUUAAAUAUGCUUCUUUGCAGUGGUGCGAAUGUCAUUCUAAGCAUCUUUGACGCUCAGGCUGUGUCUUUCCAUAAAAAAACUUGAAGACAUGAAUGAUGAUCUAGAGGUGGUUUGUUCCUCAAUGCAACAUCAGGGACACACAUCUACUUUGACAAGGAGACCAACGCAGGAGAAGUUUACUUCUACACUUAAGUUUAUCAGCAGUUGAGUGUCUACGUACACAUCCAUAAAUUCCAAGUUACCUGAGUUUUGGAUAAUUGUUUUGUUUGGUCGGUAGAGACACUGGGGUCCCAUCUGCCGCACCAUUACUGAAAGGAUAUGCGAAGGUGGAGACUCUGACCGUCUCGGAGCUAAAUAAUUUUAUAACCUCUGCUACAUCACAGGAAAUUGACUUCAUCUGCACUGGUAGAUUUGUUCGGCUCGACGUGGACAAGGGCUGGUGUUAUGUUGCCUGCUCUAAAUGCAGUAAAAAAAUUGCAGCGUACAGUCUCUGCUUUGCAGUGUACGCGAUGCAGUAAUACCAAUGCUGUCGGAGUUCUUCGCUAUCGUGUUGAGUUGGCAAUUGCUGAUGAUACUGCUGAAGGUGUGUUCGUGUGUUUUGAUGGGGUGAUGACUAAGCUACACAACCUCAGAGCAAGUGAAGCCGGUCAGAUGUUGGCUGAGGAAGGAGUGAAUCCUAAGGAUGCUGUGGUGCCUCCAUUUAUCACGGACAUGGAAGGAAAAACAUUCACAUUCCAAGUCAGGGUUAGUGCAUGUAACUUCACUGCUCAUCAUCAGACAUUCACCAUCACCCGCAUUCUCAACGAGCAUGAGCGUAUUCCAGUUCCUGACUUUGUUGUCGAUGGGGGAGACGAUGCUGAUGAUGAUGACAAGCCAGAUGGUAGUCCAGUUCCUGUUCAGACGGAAACUGGAGAGAGCAGUAUUGAUGCAGCUAAGAAUGGUGACGACAACACAGAUGGUCUUGCGCCUGAGAAUAUUGUCCACCCAGCUAAUAAGGAGGCCAAGAAAGCACGUGUUGUUUGAGAUGAGAUAUCAGAAGUUAUGUUUGGAGUUUCUGGUUUUGAAUAAUGUUUCUUAUUAAUCUGUAGUUUUUUCGCGUGUUUGGUCAUAUCUGUUUCAGCUUUGUCUUUUAGUUACCAGUUACUUGACAGACAAUUCUCAUUAUUAUAAAUACUAUUUAUAUUCAUUCUCCUAUAUAUAUUGUUUUUUUUA